GAUACCCCAACACAACGCCGAACCCUUGAUUCGUUCUUUUCCACCUCAGUGACCACCCGUCCUGCAAAGAGACCCAGGCCAGGGAACGAUUCCAAACCGAAAGCAGAGGCACACGAUCCUACCCUCGUUCAGAUGCAUCUUGCUCUUUCCUCGAGGCCUAUUGUGCGCACUUGUCAAGUGUGUAAUCUCAGCUAUACCAUCGGAGCCCCCGAAGACGAGGACCUGCACAAGCGACAUCAUGCGCGCGUCGUGGCUGGGAUCGAGUGGAGUAGGGGGGAAGAAGUGAGCAAGGGCGUGGAGGUGAUCGAGGAGGGUGUUAUGGUUGGAAAAGGGAAGACGAAGACGAAAGGACGCGUGCUUGCGUUUGAAGGUAGUUGUUCUGGGAAAGUGAAGAGCAAACUCAACACACUGCUCGAAACGAUCAACACCGAACUGUCGGCGCCUUCGCUCUCGGAUACUGCACUCGCCUCGUCAAAAAUCUUCAUUUUUGUCCUACCUUCUGGGACAUCAAAGAAGGAGAAGGUCGUGGGCUGCGUCCUUGCCCAGCGAAUAGACACCGCCAUGCGCGUAGUUACACGCUCAGACAUCAUCGAGGACAACAGAACAACCGAAGGUAGGACAAUUAUGAUCGAUAGCGAUGAGUCCGGCGGCUUGUACUGUGAUCCCACACCCUUACCGACUCCGCUGGGCGUAUCUCGACUUUGGACUUCGGCGCAGCAUCGAAAGAAGGGCAUUGCAACAGUGCUGCUGGACGCCGCCUGCCGUCGAACGGUGUAUGGUUGUGAACUAGAUCCUAGGGCGGGUCAUGUCGCUUUCAGCCAACCUACGACUAGUGGAAGGGCUGUCAUGAUGCGAUGGGGUAAAGGAGGGUGCCGUAUCUUUACUGAA